CUCUCCUACUCCCCAAUGGCGGCCGCGCCUCCCCAGCCCGCCGCGCCCGCCCCCGGCCCCGCGAACGGCGGCGACGCGUUCCGCCUGGGCUUCGUCGGCGCGGGGAACCUGGCCGAGAGCAUCGCGCGCGGCGUCGCGGCGUCGGGCGUCCUCCCGGCCUCCGCCGUCCGCACCGCGCCCCACCGCCGCCCCGAGCGCGGCGCCGCCUUCGCCUCCCUCGGCGCCACCAUCCUCGCCUCCAACGCCCAGGUUGUGGACGACAGCGAUGUGAUCGUCAUCUCCGUCAAGCCCCAGAUUGUGAAGCAGGUUCUGGUUGAGCUCAAGCCCUUGCUGUCUGAAGAAAAGCUUCUGGUCUCCAUCGCUGCUGGCAUCAAAAUGAAAGAUUUGCAGGAUUGGUCUGGUCAGCGCAGAAUUAUUAGAGUAAUGCCAAACACCCCCUCUGCUGUCGGACAAGCAGCAUCAGUGAUGUGUCUGGGAGAGACAGCUACUGAGAAGGAUGAAAACCGUGUCAAAAGCUUAUUUAGUGCCAUUGGAAAAGUUUGGACAGCUGAAGAAAAAUAUUUUGAUGCGGUUACUGGCUUGAGUGGUAGUGGUCCGGCCUACAUUUUCUUGGCAAUAGAGGCCAUGGCUGAUGGUGGAGUUGCUGCUGGGCUUCCUCGGGAUCUUGCUCUUGGUCUUGCAGCUCAGACAGUGCUAGGUGCUGCAACCAUGGUUAGCGAGACGGGUAAACAUCCAGGGCAGCUGAAGGAUCAGGUCACUUCCCCUGCAGGAACUACCAUAGCUGGUGUUCAUGAGCUCGAGAAGGGUUCGUUUCGCGGCACACUGAUAAAUGCCGUUGUUGCUGCCACAACAAGAUGCCGAGAGCUCUCGAAAAAUUAGACCUCUUAUAAUUCUAUUAGCCAGUAUUAGGUUUGCUACAAUUCUGCAAUAAAAUGGUGUAGACAUGAUUUAUGAGAUCUUUAAAUCUCAGACUCAAAACAAGUUCUCAACAUAUUUUGCUGGUCUA